GGACAACAAAGACUCGCCAUGAAGCUCUCGAUUCGUCGCUAUGAUAUGGUUUUAACUCAUAAAAAUGAAUCCUGCAAACAUGUUCCUAAUAAACAUGGUUUCCUAUCAGCAAGAUCAUCGACUAUGAUUCAAUAAAGUUAGGACCGAGAAUGGCUGGCUCAUAGGAUCCCUCCACUUUGCUCGCUGUGCCGAGAUAAGUGAAGCAUAGCUCACGACGUCUAUAAAGAUGCCAGCCUUGUCCCUGGGUUGUCUCCUGCACGCUUCCUUCAGCUAUAUCUUGGUUACGCAACGUUUUCCCGUGUUGGGGCGCCAGGAAACAAGGAGGCCACAACUUGUCUGCAGUUCCGCGGGAAAUGAAGCCCAGUAGAGGCUCUGAGCGCAACGACAAGAUGGCCCCCUGGAAGGAACGCUCUUCCUGCUAUGUCAAUACUGUUGAAGGUGGGGCUGCAGAGAACCAGCACAUCGGGGUAGAGUAUGAUAGCAUGGCGACCUUGCCUUCAUCCAUCACUCGAAUAGAAUCUGUCGCCUACGAGAAGAAGCCUAAGCAGGAAGAGGGGCUUUUCACUGUUGUUACUGCUGAUGGUACUUUUCCCCGAAAGCUCACAUUUAACAAGGUGUAAUGCGUAUCCGGCGGAGCUAUAUCUUUGAAGCAGUUUUAUUAUUCGUGAAGGAUCGAUUCCCACUUAGCCUUUUCUUUUUUUCCUUUUCUUUUUUUUUAAGUGGUAUAUAUUAAUGAUUUCUUUAUUGCAUGUACUGAUCUUUAUAUUUGUCGUCAUAAGAUAUUCCCGGAAUGCCUGGGUGGACCAUGACAGGGGUGUGACACACAUGUACUUUGUUUAGGGUAAACUCAAAUCUAGAGCAGC